UUAAACAAUAGGUUUAUGUUAGAUAAUGAAAUAGACAUCCUCAUUACAGUCCCAGAAUUCAAGAAAAAUGAGGAUUCAGUCUAAUAUCGAAUUUAUUUUCAAAACUAAAAAUCAAAUUCAGGAUUCGAAAAUGACUACAGAUAUUCAGAACUCAAAAGAUUUCAUGAAACCCUUCAAACAUUAAAAACUGAAUUGCCUGUCUUCCCAAAAUCUUAUUGGUGGAAAUCUGUCAACUCUAAUACUUAACUUAUUGAACAAAGAAGAUAACUUCUUGAUUCCUAUUUCCAAAAUUUGACCUCAAUCAAAUCAGUUCGAGAAUCCUUAAUUUACAAAAACUUUUUGUUAGUUGCUCUAAAAGAAAGUGAUAUAAGAGUAUAAAAAGAGAACAAAGAGAAAGCAAAAAGAUCAGAGAAUUAAACAAGAAAAAAAACAUAACAACUUGGUUAAUUUAUUACUCCUGUGCCAAAUCCUGUGAAUUUGCCACCAACUCCUUAAGAUAAAAGAUCCUCAUCUAUGGAGCAUAAGCCUGUAAAAAGCUAAUAAAGAAAUGAAAGGAAAAGGGCGAGCAAAUAAUAAUCACCUGUACUUAAUUUUGGUGGAUCUAAAAUCUUCAGAGGAGUAUUGUCAAAUGCUGCUAAAUAAUGAGUAUUCAAUUAAAAAAUUAUAUGUUAAAUAUU